AUGUCGUCUCCACAGCCAGCCAUCAUGCCACCCAUGAUGGAACCCGAAAAUCUCGAAGACAUCAUGUACGGCGCAAGCGAGGAGCAGAGACAAUUCACCACGGUUGCUUGGACUUGGAGCAUCACGCUUGCCAAGUCAAACGCAUUGGACCAGGGCAUCGCCUCGCUUGGUCAAACACGACCCAUCAUCAGCAGGCUGCAAGCUCUUGACGACCUGAAGAGCGAUCUCGGAUUGAAACAGGACGGCGCGACUAUCCCGCUCGACAACGAAGUGGACUUCCUUGCCUCCAAGGAGUGGCGAUUUCGUCAGGCAGCGGCGAUUGCACACGCAGUGCUGGGCGAAGCCAAUGAUUUGAGUUUGGUCGCCAUGAACGAAGCAAGCAUGGUUGACCUUGA